ACGAGAGACGAUCGAGAGAGAGAGUGAGUGGCAGGGCAGUGAUCUGGGUUUUUAAAAUAACAUGUAAUUUUUUUUUUUAAAUUGGGAAAUAAGAGAACGGUCCUCCGCAUGAAAUCGGAUUAAUAGCCUCCAACAAGAUGAGCUGGAUUCCAUUCAAGAUCGGUCAACCGAAGAAGCAAAUUGUUUCAAAGACGGUUGAAAGAGACUUUGAAAGAGAAUAUGACAAACUCCAAAAAUUGGAAGAUCAAACAAAGAAGCUUCACAAAGAUAUGAAGAAAAGUACAGAGGCUGAUUUAGCCAUGUCCAAGUCUGCUGUGAAGAUCUCUGCUGAUCUGUUGAGUAACCCACUGUGUGAGCAGGACACAGCCUUCCAAGAGUUCAUGACAGCAUUGGACACAGCCAUGCGCAGAAUGGAUGCCUUCAACCAGGAGAAGGUCAAUCAGAUCCAGAAGACUGUCAUCGAUCCGCUUAAAAAGUACAGUAGUGUGUUCCCAAGCCUGAACAUGGCCGUGAAGAGGCGGGAGCAGGCUCUUCAGGACUACAAGAGACUGCAGUCUAAAGUGGAGAAGUAUGAAGAGAAGGAAAAGACAGGCCCUAUGAUGGUCAAGCUGCACCAGGCCCGAGAAGAACUGAGACCAGUGAGGGAGGAUUUUGAAGCCAAGAAUAAGCAGCUGUUGGACGAGAUGCCCAAGUUCUACCAAAGCCGGAUUGACUACUUCCAGCCUAGCUUCGAGGCCCUCAUCAGGGCACAGGUGGUGUACUUCACAGAAAUGCACAAGAUUUUCGGGGAGCUGACGGAGCAGAUCGACCAGCCGGGACUGACGGACGAGCAGCGGGAGCGAGAGAACGAAGCCAAGCUGAACGAGCUGCGCGCCCUGUCCAUCGUGGCCGACGACUGACGAGACGCCAGCCGACGCUCAGUUCCAGAUUCUGGGCAAAAUCUGAGUAAUGACCUGCACAUCUCCCAGCACGUUUGAGACGUACACCUGUAGCUGAUUUUCGACAUGUCCAUCCAGCUUGCUAGCUCGACAUCUCAUGAUUUUUUACAAAGUUGGAAUAGACCUCCUCUAGAUGAGAGGCUGGCAAACGUGGCCCUUCUAUUCUACUGCAGAAUUACAUCAACUAAUAUUUUAGUCACUUUUAAUUGACCCUUAAUUACCAAACUGACCUGUGAUUACUUAAUUGACCCCGCAGCUGAAGAUUGCUUCGAUAAUUAAGGAUUAAUUGGAAAAAAGACUUGUUGAAAUGAAGUAGAAGAGCCAAACAUUGCCCACCUGGGGGGGGUUGUCCUUCAAAAUUCCUUUCUCCUAGAAAGUGUCGUGACUGCUAGUGCUUACCUGACCAAACAGAGACCCUCGUUAAUUUCUGUUCUAGACCAGAACUCCUGUCGCUAACGACCUUGGAUAAAUAUCUCACCUCUCGCUUAAUACACUUAGAAUUUUAUUGUUAACACUACCAGGCAUUUACUUUAAAAAGCCAUUGACACAAUGAUGUUACACAUUUAUUUUAGGAUUUUAUGUAGGAAAAAAAGCUAAUAUAUUAAAAAAUACAACACUAGAUAAGGUAAUAUUAUGUGAAAGUACCGUGUUGAUUUAAUUUUUUUGUAUGUAAAAAUCAUUUUUUAACGUUUUUUGGAACGAAAGCUAGAGGCAAUUAAGUGUAGCACGUUUUGCAACUCCUUUUUUAAACGAUCUUUUAAUUUUGUCUUUUCCAUUUUAUGUUUUUCCAUUUCUUUUUGUGCCAUUUUAAAGACUUUUUCAGUCUGCCUAAAGCAGCAACUCUUGAAAUGUUGAUGCAGUGAAACUUGUGUAAGAACAAGAAAAUCGAAGAAAAAAAAUCUUUACUGCUUAAUUUUUUUUACGUUUGUUUUCAUGGCCAGGGUCUUUACAUUGCACUGAUUAUAAAGAUCUAAUUCCUUAUAUCACCUCAAAUCUCAGAUGUCUCCUUGUCACUUAUUCCUCUUUGCGCAAACUGUGUGCUCUCUGUUGAUCUAUUGUGCUCAUAGAACCGAGUUAUUAUACUGCGGGACUGUGGAAUUUUGUAAUGAUCGCUACCCAGACGGAGACCAAACAACAAUACAGAUUAUACCCAACUAUGAUCUACUACGGAACAGGUAAUAGGUUUAUUCCAUGCUAA